AUGAGGUCUAUACCACCAGUAACUGGUAGCAAUAGGGAGCCACUAGGGAGGCGAAGACAUCAGGAAGCAAAUCAAGUUCCAUACCAGGCUUCACAAUAUUUAUCAGAAGCAGAUGAUGAAGCUUUGCAUAUUAGGCAACAUCAAAGGCAAACAACAAGAUGGGAAACAAGAAGCCAAAGAUCAACUACAAAGCCAGAGUCAGAG